CAUGCAAGUCUAUUGGAAUCUCCCUUUCCCAAGGCUUUGGAAUCUUUUUGACAUUUCUCCCUCAGCAACAGAAGAUAAAAGCCAUGAUGUGAUGAAUAAGCCACACAAGUAAGAAAUACAGGUAUGAACUACAGGCCUCCAAAGAAGAAUUGACCUUGCUGAGGAUCUGUGCCACGCACUGGAAAUGUCUGAGAUGUUAGGAGGGACUGGUAACAUCCAAACAUACAAAACCAAAUAAGCAAACUAUUGCACCAACACUACCACCACAUUUUACCACAAAGGAAUGCCACUGUACAUGGAUUCCAAACAGGCUAAAAAGAAAAAAAAGUUGAUUAGACCUCAGACUGCCCACUGAACGGGAUGACAGCCACGGCUGCCAUGGAGACACCAAAAAUGGAGAAGAGUGCCUCCAAAGAAGAGAAGCAGCAGCCUAAGCAGGAUAGCACAGAGCAGGUCAAUGCUGAUUCUGAAGAGUGGAUAAGCUCUGAGAGUGACCCUGAACAGAUGAGCCUUAAGAGUGGCAACAACAAUGACAACAGCUGCGAACCUGGUGAUGCUCAGUUGAACAAAAAGGAGAUUCCCUCCAAACCACACCGCCAGCUCUGUAGGUCACCCUGCCUAGAUCGUCCAAGCUUCUCCCAGAGCAGCAUUCUACAGGAUGGGAAGCUUGACUUAGAAAAGGAAUACCAAGCCAAGAUGGAUUUUGCUCUAAAGCUGGGCUAUGCAGAGGAACAGAUUCAAUCAGUGCUGAACAAGCUGGGCCCAGAAUCACUUAUUAAUGAUGUGUUGGCAGAGCUUGUCAGACUUGGGAACAAAGGUGAUUCGGAAGGGCAGGUCAACUUGAGUCUGUUAGUGCCUCAGGGGCCCAGCUCCAGACAGACUGCAAACCCUGAACAGUCUCUUGAAGAUGGAAUAGACAACAGUGACAAUUUGAGGCCAGUUGUCAUUGAUGGAAGUAAUGUGGCAAUGAGCCAUGGGAAUAAAGAAGAGUUCUCCUGCAGAGGAAUACAACUUGCUGUGGAUUGGUUUCUAGAUAAAGGCCAUAAAGAUAUUACUGUAUUCGUGCCUGCAUGGAGAAAGGAGCAAUCCCGCCCUGAUGCACCAAUUACAGAUCAAGAUAUACUACGUAAACUGGAGAAGGAAAAGAUUCUUGUCUUCACUCCAUCCCGAAGGGUCCAGGGCAGGAGAGUUGUCUGCUACGAUGACCGGUUCAUAGUCAAAUUGGCUUUUGAUUCCGACGGCAUCAUUGUAUCUAAUGAUAACUACAGAGACCUUCAAGUCGAAAAGCCAGAGUGGAAGAAGUUUAUAGAGGAGCGGUUGCUGAUGUAUUCUUUUGUGAAUGACAAAUUUAUGCCUCCAGAUGAUCCUUUAGGACGCCAUGGCCCAAGCCUUGAAAAUUUCUUAAGAAAGAGACCUGUUGUUCCUGAGCACAAGAAACAACCAUGCCCUUAUGGCAAAAAAUGUACCUACGGCCACAAGUGCAAAUACUACCAUCCGGAGCGGGCCAACCAACCCCAGCGUUCGGUGGCUGAUGAGCUCCGCAUCAGUGCCAAACUGUCCACAGUGAAAACCAUGAGCAAAGGCACCCCUGCCAAGUGUGGCACAGGGCUGUCUAGUGCCAAAGGUGAAAUAACCUCAGAAGUCAAACGUGUGGCCCCCAAGCGCCAAUCGGAUCCCAGCAUUCGGUCCGUGGCUGUGGAGCCUGAGGAAUGGCUGUCCAUUGUCCGUAAGCCUGAGGCCAGCUCUGUCCCCUCACUUGUGACUGCCCUAAGUGUCCCCACAAUCCCACCCCCCAAAAACCAUGCAGUAGGUGCACUCAAUACCCGUUCAGCCAGCAGCCCAGUGCCAGGAUCUCAUUUUCCCCACCAGAAGGCCUCAUUGGAGCACAUGGCCAGCAUGCAGUACCCCCCCAUCCUGGUUACCAACAGCCACGGGACGUCUAUUAGCUAUGCUGAGCAAUACCCAAAGUUUGAAUCCUUGGGAGACCACGGCUAUUAUUCAAUGUUAGGUGACUUCUCCAAACUGAACAUCAAUAGCAUGCAUAAUCGAGAGUACUACAUGGCUGAAGCAGACCGGGGGGUGUAUGCCCGGAAUCCCAACCUGUGUUCUGACAGUCAUAUGAGCCAUACCAGAAAUGAAAACUAUUCCUCUUACAACAACCUGUACUUGGCUGUAGCUGAUACCUAUCCUGAAAGCAAUUUGAAGCUACAUCGAUCAGCAUCUCAGAACCGUCUUCAGCCUUUUCCUCAUGGUUACCAUGAGGCCUUAACACGAGUGCAGAGCUAUGGUCCAGAGGAUUCUAAGCAAGCCUCCCACAAGCAGUCAGUUCCCCACUUGGUUCUGCAUGCCCAGCACCCAGCAACUGGAACACGAUCCAGCUGUCCUGGAGACUACCCUAUGCCUCCCAAUAUCCAUCCUGGGGCGACCCCACAGCCAGGACGUGCCCUGGUGAUGACUCGUAUGGACAGCAUUUCUGACUCUCGCCUCUAUGAGAGCAACCCCAUGAGACAAAGACGACCUCCUCUGUGCCGGGAACAACGUGCCAGCUGGGACCCAUUGCCCUGUACAACUGACUCCUAUAGCUACCACUCAUAUCCCUUGAGUAACAGCCUCAUGCAACCAUGCUAUGAGCCAGUCAUGGUACGGAGCGUGCCUGAAAAGAUGGAACAGCUUUGGAGGAAUCCUUGGGUUGGAAUGUGCAAUGAUUCCAGGGAGCAUAUGAUCCCAGAGCACCAGUAUCAGACCUACAAGAACCUCUGCAAUAUUUUCCCUUCAAACAUUGUCCUUGCAGUAAUGGAGAAGAAUCCCCACACAGCAGAUGCCCAGCAACUGGCAGCCUUGAUUGUUUCUAAGCUUAGGGCUGCACGUUGACAUAACAUAGAACUUAUUCCUUUAAAUAUAAAUAUUAAUACUAAUAAUGCACUAAUACUAUGAUAAUAGUAACUAAUAAUUUUGUGUUGCACUUUACAAGUUACAGAGUAUUUAUGUCAUUGAAGUGCAUAACAACCUUGUGAGGUAAGUCUUACUAAUGUCUUGUUUUCUAGACAAGGAAAUUGAAGCUCAGUGAGAUUAAGUGACUUGCCAAGGUCACACUGCUAGCAAAUGACCAAGUCAGGACUCACACCCAAGUCCUCUGACUCCAAGUUCCGUGCCCUUUUGCACUGCACCAUGCAGGUAAUGGAAGACAAAACCCAGGGGGAGAGGCCUAAAUGCAAGAAACCCCAAGGGAUUCCAUUACCAACGUUUUCUUAGUCACACAUUCUAUAUUACAAAGUAUCAAUGAUACAUCUAAUUUAGAGAGCAAGAGCAUCAAGAUCAGAUCAUAUGUUGAAUUAACCUUUUAGGAUUUUUAAUAGGAAUAUUUAAAGCGAUGUAAAAGUAAAUGCAUACUUUAUUGCAUGGAUAUCUGACCAUUCAAUAUUUUUAUUUACCAAGCUAUAGGGUCACAUCGAAGCUUCUAGAGCUAUAUUUCAAACCUAUUGUUAGCAAUUAUAUUGCAUGUAUGACUGUAUGUGUUUAGUUUGAGAUGUAUGUGUAUCUCUGUAUAAUCUUUUAUAUAGUGACGAUGAGAAGAUAGGCUCAGCACAGUCCUUAGUCUACAGCUGUAUAGAACACAAA